AUGGACUGGGUCUUUUAUAGUCGUCAGAAACGUCCGGCACAUCUUAAGGAACGAUUGGUUGUGGUACCCAAAGCUCUGUCUUUUGACAAGGUCAUAGCUGGGUCGACCUGCUCGCCAUGUUCGACGCGGGACUUCUUAAACUAUCUACGCUUUGUGGAACAUAGUCCUGAAACCCUCCGAUUUUUCCUUUGGCAUCGAGACUAUACCAAUAAAUUUAACUCGUUGUCUCGGGAAGAUCAAGAUCUCUCGCCUCCUUGGGAACUGAACGUUCCAGAUACACUUGAGAAAGCACAUACACACAUCUCCCAUGCAUCUGCCAGCACGUCUGGUCGGAAGCAUUCAUCCUUUCUACCUGGAAACUCGAUAGGAACAAUAGACGAAAAGCUACGACAGAAUUCUGUCGUAACAGUAUCUCAUCACGAAGUCACACCAUUACCCCCAAUAGGCAGUUCUGCCUCUUUCCAACCUUUCCGCAAUGAAGUAUCGCUUGUCGCUCAGCUAUAUAUCUCCGCUCAAUCACCUUACGAAUUAAACUUAACGUCUAGAGAGCGCCUGGCGGUACUUGAGGCAUUAGCUCACACGACUCAUCCUUCAGCCUUCGACCCUGCAGUCAACUCAGUCUUAGAAUCUUUAAGAUAUCAAUCCCAUCCGAAUUUUGUUCAACACUCGUUAUCAAAUGCGGGAAGAGCCCGUAUCAGAGCGAUCCGUCUGCUUGCCGGUUUAGUGCUGCUAUCAUCGAUAGUAUUCGGUUUAUUGUUGACUUUGAGUCGACAAGCACGCUGGUGGAGGCUAUUUGGUGUCGUCCCGUUCGUUCUUGGUCUUUUUGCUAUGCUAAAUGCUAGCAAAGGGAUAUGUUUCUGGCUUGUCUAUCUCGGUUUUAAACGAGAAAUGCUCCCCUGGGAAUUAUUCCCCGCAGACGAAGUAAACAGCUUCUUUUCAGGGAUGUCAAAAAGCGAACACGACAGCAGUGAAGCAGAGGAAUACGGCAUUGAAGAGUGGGUUGAGAACUACGAAAAUAAUACAACACUUCUCAGGCGGAUGUAUGAACGAAGAACAGAAGUCGAAGAGAAGGAAGUUAAACGUGUACAAAGAGUUAUUUCUAAACAAAGUUUCGUCGUAUCAUCUGUGGUAGGUCUGGCGUAUAUUGGGAUUUUUAUUGGGUUACCACGGGGGAAUCUUUUUUGA